AUGGCACCAUCUAAGCUUGAAACCGAGGACCAUUCUCGAGAUGCCGCUUUCAACAAGGCUAUGCACAAGGACUCUUCUACCGCCAAAGGAGGGUUCAGCGCAAUGAUGAAGAAGGACAAAGUCGCACAGAAAGCUGCUGUUGACGAAUACUUCAAGCAUUGGGAUAACAAGACUGCGAAAGACGAGACUGCCGCAGACAGAGAGUCGCGAAAAGCAGAAUACGCCACACUUACAAGACAUUACUACAACCUCGCUACAGAUAUUUACGAAUAUGGUUGGGGUCAGUCAUUCCAUUUCUGCCGUUUCGCAUACGGUGAAGGUUUCUACCAGGCCAUUGCCCGCCACGAACAUUACCUCGCUGCCAAAAUUGGUAUCAAGGACGGAGACAAAGUUCUAGACGUUGGAUGUGGAGUCGGUGGACCUGCGAGAGAAAUUGCGAAAUUCAGUGGUGCUCACAUUACUGGAUUGAACAACAACGAUUACCAGAUUGAGCGUGCUACCCACUAUGCGGCAAAGGAGGGAAUGUCGAAUCAGCUUAAAUUCGUCAAGGGUGAUUUCAUGCAAAUGUCCUUUGAGCCAGAAACUUUUGACUGCGUCUACGCCAUCGAAGCUACCGUCCACGCUCCAAGUCUCGAGGGUGUUUACUCCCAAAUCUACCGUGUUCUGAAGCCCGGUGGAGUUUUCGGUGUUUAUGAAUGGCUGAUGACUGACAACUAUGAUAACAACAACGAGCACCACCGCGCAAUCCGAUUAGGUAUCGAGCAGGGAGACGGAAUCUCAAAUAUGGUCAAGAUCUCCGAAGGUAUUGCUGCCAUCAAAGCCGCUGGUUUCGAGUUGGAGCUUCACGAGGAUCUGGCGAAACGACCAGACGCAACACCAUGGUAUUACCCUCUCGCUGGUGAUUUCUCCAUGAUGGGCACAUACAAGGAUUUCCUCACCAUUGCUAGAAUGACAUGGUGGGGCCGUGGUAUUGCUCACAAAUUCAUCGCUGCUCUUGAGAUGGUCGGACUUGCUCCAGGUGGAACACAAAAGACAGCCGACAGUUUCGCCGUUGCUGCUGAUUGUUUAGUUGCUGGUGCCAAGGAGGAUCUGUUUACUCCUAUGUACUUGAUGGUUGCACGAAAGCCUCUUAACAAGUAG